AGUACAGGAAUUGGAACUGCUACACUGAGGAUACCAAACAUUAGAAGAGAUCAGAAUGGGACGUAUGAGUGCCAGGCCACGAACAACCCUAAUGAGAGACSGGUCACUAUACAAACUGUGGUUGCUGUAUAUUAUCCUCCCAAAAGCACUGUUACUCCUCCAAGUAUAAACGUUGUACAAGGUGAUGAGAUCUCAAUCAGCUGUACAGCAGAUGGUUAUCCACCACCAUCYAUAUCAUGGACAAAAGCUGAUGGUGUUAUCAAAGCUGGUCACACAAUAGCUGGGGGAACACUUAGAAUACCUGAUGCUAUCAAAACAGAUGCUGGCAAGUACAUAUGUACAGCAAAGAACACCUAUGAAAGCACAGAACAUGUUAAUACAACAACUGCGACUGUUUUAGUCAAAUGUAAGUAACGUACGUAAGUUUUCCUCAAAUGAAUAUUUGUAAA